AUGCCGACCCCGAGACUACGUAGAGCAGCUCGUCUCAUCCUGAUCGGUGCGCCUGGCGUGGGAAAAGGCACACAGACCGAGCGUCUCUUGAAGAGAUUCGAUCAGCUUUCAGCUAUCUCAUCCGGCGAUCUUCUGCGAGAGAAUGUCCGCCAGAGAACGCCGCUUGGUGGGUACAGUCUUGCGGCAAAGCUUGUUCUCUUAUCGGAAUCGAAUUGCUGAUGUCGCGUGACCACUUGUCUAGGCAUCCAAGCCGAGUCGCUCAUGAAAUCCGGCGCUCUAGUCCCCGAUAGCAUGAUUCUGCGCUUGAUCCGCAACGCCCUCACGACCCGUGGCUGGCUCAUACCCGUCGAUGGCAUCCAGCCCAUAACUCUCAACUCCGUAGCAGCCUCCGUCGAGUUGAAUCCCAGCACGGACAACGAAGCCCUACGCGGGAACUACGGGAGUAUCAACAUCCCUCCUGACCUCGACGCUGAAUACCGCUAUUCCGAGCACCCAGACGCCUCCUUCAUCCUCGACGGCUUUCCCCGAAACGCGACGCAAGCCGAGCAAUUGGAGAGAAUGGUGCCCGUCAACAUGGCGAUUCACGUGCACACUCCUGCGGAAAUCAUCAUCGAAAGAAUAGGCAACCGAUGGGUGCAUCCCGCCAGCGGAAGGGUAUACAACACCACAUACAACGCGCCAAGAUGUCCGGGGAAGGACGAUGUGACAGGGGAGCCCUUGAUCCAACGCGACGACGAUCAGCCCGAAGUCUGGAGAUCACGGUUAAAAACCUUCGAGGAGAGCAGCGCGAGUCUCCUGGAGCACUAUGCGAAGAGGAACGUUCUGUGGAAAGUCGAGGGCAACAGCAGCGACGAGAUCACGCCCAAGUUACUUGCGGAAUUCGAGAAGCGAUUCGCUAUGUGA